CGGCGCGCGCGGGCGCAGGAAUGUGUGUUACAGUUAAAUAGUGGGCGCAGGGGCGGCCGCCGCGGCGGCUGAGAGGGGCGAGCCGGGCCGAGCGAGGUGGCGAGGGAGCCUCCAUGGCGAGGUGCGGCUCCCGGGGCGGUGGUACGGCGCUGCUGUGACAGUAGCUUGGCAGCUGGGGCUGGUCUUACUCCUUCUUCACUCCUGAGCGGGGGGCCCGCGCCGGCGUUCCGGGGGCGCGGCAGCGCUCGGAGAGCGGAGCCGUGGCGGCAGCGGCGGCCGGGGACAGCCGGCGUGUCACCGCCUCUAUGAUGAAAUUUAAGCCGAACCAGACGCGGACGUACGACCGGGAGGGCUACAAGAAGCGGGCGGCGUGUCUGUGCUUCCGCAGCGAGCGGGAGGACGAGGUGCUGUUGGUAAGCAGUAGCCGAUACCCAGAUCAGUGGAUUGUACCAGGUGGAGGAAUGGAACCAGAAGAAGAACCAGGGGGAGCAGCUGUCAGAGAGGUGUAUGAAGAGGCUGGAGUAAAGGGAAAGCUGGGCAGACUGCUUGGGAUAUUUGAGCAGAACCAGGAUCGGAAGCACAGGACAUACGUUUAUGUUCUUACGGUGACGGAAAUACUGGAAGACUGGGAGGAUUCAGUUAACAUAGGAAGGAAAAGAGAAUGGUUUAAAGUAGAAGAUGCCAUCAAGGUCCUCCAGUGUCACAAGCCUGUCCAUGCAGAGUACUUGGAAAAACUGAAACUGAGCUGUUCACCCACUAAUGGAAACUCUGUGGUUCCCCCUCUUCCAGAUAAUAACUCCUUAUACGUCACUUCUGCACAGACUUCUGGGUUGCCCUCUACUGUGAGAUAAACAUUUGGAUUACCUUUUUAUUUAUGUCAUCACAAGGGGAGACAUCUGUGAUCACAUGUAGGCAUCUGUAUAACUGUCAAUUCUAAGUGAAUGUGUCAUAAUGUCAAAUUUAUUUGAACAUUGUUUUCCUUUUUAACAAUGUAAAAGAGUAUCUCAGCAAACCAAAGCCAUACAAGGAUUUUUUUUUUCUUUUAAGAUGCCUUAAUAGGCAAUUUUUUCUUUUCUUUUUAAAGAAAUUUGGGUAUAUAAAUUUCCAUAUCUUCUAAAAUAAAAUGUGCAUCUCAGUGGUGUUCAGCUUA